UAUGGCUUCCGUGGUGGUCACUGUCGUGUGCAGUGCGCGGCAGCUGUUGUUCCCCAAAGCGCACCAGUCAUCAAACUUCCAUAGCCACCCGAAAACAGGCUGCCCUCAGUCGGCCCUAAGAACUUACACCGGCUACUUUCCGUGCAGCCGGUCUCUUCGCAAACGGUUAUCAUUUUCUCAAGUUCUCGUCGCAAGUGACGCUCGUGUUAUCGUCGACGCUGUCUUAGGUGUUUACGAAAUAAAUAAUUGAAUCCAUAUCCGAGGUAGGAUCUUCAUAUCCAAAUUAUUUCAACUUCAAAGCGAGAAGGAGUAAUUGGAUUAUUUAGCGCGAAAGACCCGGAAGAAAUAAGUUCAUGUCUAAAAACAUACAGAAUAGAAGAUAAAAAGACAGGCUGUUAACCACCCCCAGGAUUGUUCCGACAGAUAAGAACUCUGAUCGAUAAUGUUUUAUCAACUCGACAAGUAUAGUCAACUGGAUAGAAAUUGCUCGCAGCUUAUCUCGUUAAAUGAAAGGAAGAAACGUUGAACGUCUAGCGAAGGAAUAAUAAAAGAGAGAUCGACCUAAACCAUUUGGACCGGUUUGUUUGAAAUGCUGGCGACGAUAAUCGUAAAGAGACGCGUACUAUCUCCAGAGUGGCGCUUAUCACGCGAUUUCGUAGAUCCGAACACGGAUCAGCUUCGUAAGCGAUAAGUAAGACGCGCGCUGCGUGACCCAUCGCCGUUCUCAGCGAGGAUUCACCUGCCGCACGAUCAUCGGACACGAAAUCACGAACGAAACGUCCCGUUAAAUGUAAGGAGGGACCGAUUCCACGUCGGCUUUUUUUCUCCAACGAACAUGGCCUUUGUCGUCGAUUAAAAAGGACUCGACUUCGCCCCUUUUAACGAGCUAUCGAUUAAACAGCUUGCGAUGACGGAGACUCGUUCCCUUCGGCGAUUCUAUUUGCCCGAUGACAGUUGCCAUAGAACGGUUUUUAAGGGACCAGCGAUCGAAUGAUUUAGUCCGAUCGACCUAUUCGAAAACAUGUCGUGGAAGAUCUUGGCCGUCGUUGGGGGUCUCUUUUGGGUGGUUGCAGGGUUGGAUGAUAUAUGUGCAAAGAACAGAAGUUUGCUCGAGAUUCCUGGUAACGCUGUUUUGUCCGUGUUCUUGGAUAUUAAUCAUGGCCCUUAUUGCAAUACAACGAGCAGUAACGGGAUGCAGGAAGCGUUCACCGCGUCCUACGUGGUGCACGCUUUAAACAAGUACGAGUUCGUUCCUGGAUUACCACUGGGUAUAAAAGUGUACGACACGUGCCACGACGAAAUGACGGUCUACAAGCAAGCGCUGCAAACGACCGUAGACGCUGAUUGUACGAACUACUACGAAAUGGGGAUACUAUUGCCGUCGGAAUACGCAGCGGUGUUGGAACCGCUCCGCAAUUAUAGCGUGCUGCCGAUCAGCACGUACAGCGAGCAGAAUCUGACCAAGCCUCUGAUCAAUCUAAUGGUGCACUACCUCGGCACCAGAUUCGAAACGAUCGACGUGCUCCUGGCCAGUCACGAUUACCCGUUGAACUUGUUUUUGGACAGUACGAAGGAAGCCGGGAUUUGCGUUAAAAAUUAUGGAGGCAGUUUAGAGCUCGAAGAGGGAGAGAUCGAAACUUCGAUCGUCGUGAUAGGAUCGAGAAGCGACAUUCGCCAGUGGAUCGAGAGAGGCGAGAAGGUACAAGGAUCCAAGAAGACGUGGAUUAUUUUGCCGCUGGAUGGAUCGAACGUCGAUGAUCUGGCCCCACCAGGUUCGUACGUGGUGCGAACUUCGCCGUUCGAUCUGGAUUUGCUCCAAGAAUCCUCGCCGGACGUGUUUCUCGAAGCGGCGAGCGGUCCCGUGAUCCAUUCGCCGCACUUGCUCGGAAUCGGCAAGGCGAUCGUCGAGCUGGCUCAAUCAUUGCAGGACCUCCAGAGACGAAAUUGUCCCUUGGGCAUAGACUCGUGCGCGAUGCCACGCUUCAACCCGAACGCGAAACAGGAGAUGCGAAACGCGGACGUGUACAACGCGCUUCGCAUACUACCGAAAUCGCACUCAAUCAAGUACAUCGUCGGGAUGAGGAGCCAACAAGAGGUGGUCGACAUGGCCUCGUACAGAAUCGAACCGUCCAAUUCCAAGUUCCGGAUCACGCCCGAGUCGAAGGUGCCGAAAAUGCCGAAACUGUGCGUAAAGAAGUACGUGAAAAAUUGCGAUGGCUGUGCGAACUUCAAGAAGAGAUUCGGACAUCGCGGUGUUACCAAAGAUACACUCGACAGGGGUUUAUUAAAGUCGGGCAACUGGAUACCAAUUUUCCUGACGAUGGUCGUUUGCGGGACGCUCGCCUGCGGCGUGAUCGCCGUCUUCAUUAUCUACCGUUUCAUCGUCGAGGACGUUCUCGAUGGGAAUCCAACGUUGACGAUCGUACUGAUACUGGCCGACACGUUCACCCUGCAAUCGGUCCUCCCGUUUUGCAUCAACGACGAUUACCUCGGCGCAGAGCACCUCAACUCCAGAAAGAUACUCGUCACUACUCUCGCCUUCGGAUUGGACUUCUCCGUGAUGCUGUCCAGGGCGUUUUUCUUGGUGUUCUCCAAGGGUGGCGUUUUCACGGCACACAUCAACGGAUAUCUUCAAGGGUUGAUGGUGUUCUUCGCGUUCUCCGUGCAGAUAGCGAUAUCCGUCAUGUUCUUCAUACUCAGCGACGCGGACUCGGCCGUGGUCAUGAGAAGUAUGAUCUUCAUCGCGCUUUUAGGGUACGACAUAUUUUUGCUAGUCGCCCUCUUCGUCGUGUGCUUCUUCAUCUUCCAGUUGCCACGGAAUUAUCGCGAGGGGAAGUGUUUCUUCGGCACGUCGAUCGGACUGUUGAUCGCCUGGGCCGUAUGGCUCACCUGCUUCAUCCUCGUCGAACCGGAAUGCCGGGACACUGUCGUGUCCUUCGCGAUCGUCUCCACGGCGUAUCUGAUCGUCAUCGGUGUACUGAUACCGAGGACUUACUACAUGGUGACGCAUCUGGCCAGGGGCAAAGAGUUCGGGCAAAGAUUCGGAUCGACGGAUCUCGCGAACGAUCCAAGAAUCAAUACGAUUACCAGACAGAGUCGUCCGUUUUACGAUUACGUGCACUCCAGGGCCGGAAGUAUGACGAAUUUACAGGUGGCGACCGCGUACCCGAAUUACUACGGUGCCGGAUCGAGUCCUGGUCAGAAGCAUUUAAGUUCAAGCAGAGCCGUCGACACUCGGCGGAUACCCGGAUACAGCAAUUACGGAUAUCAUUCGGAGAUGCGAGAAGUGAAUAAUUCUUACUCCAUACCGCAAGUCUGUAUCGAGGAUGCGGACUCAAGGAUGAACCUCGGAGAGAAGAGCGACGCGAGUACUACGUACGCGAAGCCAAACUGUCAACGGAAGCGGAAACCCAAAGAUGGCAAAGAGUGCAUCCAGACCGACGUGUACGUCGAGGGUAACCCGACCAGAUCGCACGACGAAAUGUAUCCUGUGCGAUCCAUCAACCCUAGGAUAAUCCACACCGAGGCGACGAUUCGCGAGGAGGACGAAGACGAAAACAGAAUCACGCGAUUUUAAUACAAGCGACCGUUCUUCAAACGAAAUAAACUGUUUGAGAACGAUUAUUAUUGAAGUUUGAUUGAAAUCGAUCCGAUGUACCGAUAUUGUCUUGUUGGAAAAUUAGUGUCGCUAGGGACCAAAAACGAAUAAAUAAAAUGCCUUACGAAAAAGA